UUUUUUUGGAAGGGAAAGAGGAUGGAAAAGAAGAUCGGAUGAAAUUUCCUCGCCUGUCAUGACUGUCUUCUUUAUCUCUCUAUCAGCUUUUUCACCUUGAAUUCAAUUCUCUAAGUUUAUCUCUCUCAAGUGUACACCAUGAUCAAUCUCACCAAAAGGUACGUUUCUCAACCGAAUAAGCUUUCCGUCUUAACCCUUUUCCUUUUUACUUUCCUCCACACCCUAACCAUCGCCUCUGCUGAUGCCUCGCCAAAGCCUUACACGCCUCAUGACAACAUAGCCCUCAAUUGUGGCUCCACCACCAACACAACCGAUCUUUCGGGCCGAUCCUGGAUCUCAGAUAACACCAUUUAUUUAGAUCAGUCAAGUAAGGUAUCAGUUAUCUCAACUUCUCCAACAGAAGGAGACCCCAUACCUUACACAACAGCUCUCUUGUCUCGCUCUCAGUUCACCUUCUCCUUCACGGUCACACCCGGGCCAAAAUUCAUUCGCCUUCAUUUUCACCCAGCUUCUUAUCGAGCAUUCAAUCGCUUAAAUGCCUUUUUUGAUGUCCAUAUUGGAGGCUAUACUGUCCUCAGCAAUUUCAGCGCUGCCCUCAAAGCUGAUGAUCUUAAACUAGAGGUCUUUUACAGUGAAUUUUGCAUAUAUGUUGAUGAGGAAAAGCUGAAUAUACUGUUUAAUCCGAAUCCUAAUAUGCCAGAUUCUUACGCUUUCAUAAAUGGAAUCGAAAUCGUUUCCAUGCCCAACAACCUUUACUACUCUUCAGAUGAUGAUACUGGGUUCAAAUUUGUGAAUCAGGUGAACCCGUAUCGCAUCCUGAAGAACCAGGCUCUAGAAUCUUUGUACCGAGUGAAUAUUGGGGGCAGCUCCAUUUCACCUACACAAGAUACCGGUAUGUAUAGGAGCUGGUCUGAGGAUGGUGAAUACGUGACUAAUGGCGGACCUAGUGUUCUUCCUGUUAAUCUUAUCAUUAGUCCCAGUUUCAGCGUGAUACCAAAUUACAGUGCCCCAGUCCCUGUGUAUAGAACUGCCAGGACUAUGGGGACCAACAAAACUGUGAACGAGAACUAUAGACUCACUUGGGAAUUCCGAGUUGAUUCCGGGUUCACUUACUAUGUCAGGUUACACUUUUGUGAAUUCCAGGUAGAAAUAACAGAGCUUGGUGACAGAGUAUUUCAGAUUUACAUCGACAACAUUGUGGCUGAACACCAAGCGGAUGUAAUUUCUUGGGCCGGUGGAAAUGGGGUGCCAGUCUAUCGAGAUUAUGCUGUGAUGAUUGGUAGAGCAGGUAACGAAAUGAAAAGAAACCUGUCUAUUGCACUUCACCCUGCACCCGCUUGGAGGACUAGAUAUUCAGAUGCUAUCUUGAAUGGGGUUGAAAUCUUCAAAUUGAGCAAUGAAGGCAAUCUUGCAGGACCCAAUCCUCAAACAAUACCUAUCAGCUCACCUAAAAUCUCUGUUCCACCACCAACAAGGCCAAAGUACAACCUCAGAACAACAUUUCUCACUGUUAUUGGAGUUGUAUCGAGCUUUGUCGUGGUUUCUGCACUAUAUAUCUUGAUUUUCCGCCCGAAAUCAAGAGGUGAAGGAUCCUCUUCGUGGUCUCAACUCUCUUGUAAGGAUUACUCUUCAAUGGAUGGUAGUGGUAAAGUGUACAGUAGUGUUGGCAACCAUUCCAAGGAUACUACAAGCGUUGCAGAUAACAAGUGUUGAUCUCCUAUAAUACAAGUGUUAAUUUGCUCAAUUUUACCAGUCUAGUUUUAUCAUUAUUUAAAGUUUUACCAUUUAUAUAUCAGGGCUUCUUCUCAUGUUAAAGGUUAUCUAAAGAACAUUGUCUUGGAUUGUUCUUUUCUUUUUGAAUCAAAUGUGUAAAUGAUUAAAGCAUAUAAAUAUUUGUGAGAAAUUAUUUUGUA